GAGUAGCAGCAGCAGCAGGAGGGGGAGGAGGAGGAGGAGGAGGAGGAGGAGAUCUUCAACUUGGGCUCCGGAGCCGGUGCUCCUCCUGGUGCGGUGCAGUCACAGCUCUCCACCGGACCGGUAUGCACUACCCGCGGAGGAGGAAGUGAGCCGACCGAGGGAGAAAGAUGCAGGCGGAGGACAUGGAGGUACCUAUCAUUAAUAACCUUAACGAUAACGGCGACAGACAGAGGCCGAAAGGGAAAGAUGUGUUCAAGGAUCAGCAGAAGGAGUCGGAGAGCUCCAUGGAGUCUCCCAACCUGGAGUUUGAGUACGGAGACACGGACACACUGACUGCUGAGCUUUCAGAGCUCUACAGUUAUACAGAGGAGCCGGAGUUUGCCCUGAACAGAGACUACUUUGAAGAGGACUUCAGAAGCCAUGCUCGAGGCAGGAGGUGGAUCGAGCUGACGGUGGAGGAGCAGAGGGCAUAUGUGAUGAAGCUGCUGGACGCGCUGGAGGUGACCGACAGAGACAAGCGGCUGAAGGUGGCCAGGGCCAUCCUCUACCUGGCUCAGGGAGUGUUUGAUGAGUGUGACACAGAGGUGGAUGUGCUCCACUGGUCCAGACACAAUGUCUUUCUGCUCUACGACAUGGGCAUCUUCACAGCGCUGCUGGAGCUGCUGAGCAUGGAGAUAGAUAACAACCAGGCGUGCAGCAGUGCAGUGAGGAAGCCUGCCAUCUCUCUGGCAGACAGCACAGAGCUCAGAGUGCUACUAAGCAUCAUGUACCUGAUGGUGGAGACCAUUAGAGUUCAAACAGAGGAUGACAGACCGGAGUGGAGAGCAGCCAGAGAGGCCUUCAAGAAUGAGCUAGGUUCACCUCUGUACAACGGAGAGCCCUUCGCCCUGCUCCUCUUCACCAUGGUGACCAAGUUCUGCAGCAUGAAUGCCCCGCACUUCCCCAUGAAGAAAGUGCUUCUGCUUCUCUGGAAGACAAUACUGUUCACCUUGGGGGGUUUUGAGGAGCUCCAGGAGAUGAAGGUGCGGGGCCGGGAGCGUCUGAACCUGCCCCCGCUGCCGGAGGACAGCAUCAAGGUGGUGAGGGCCAUGAGAGCAGCGUCGCCCCCCGCCUCUGCCAUGGAGCUCAUUGAACAACAGCAGCAGCAGAAGAGAGGCCGCCGCAGCCGCAGGAGUGCCUUUGUUGAUAGCUUGGAAGGAGACAGUCCCUUUCCCAAGAAGCAGCCCCUGGUCAAGCAGGACAGCCUGGACACUUACAACGAGCGGGAUCCCUUCAAGAACGACGACGCCCGGGACGAGGAGGAGGACCCCGAGGACACAGACAGCGGCAUCGAGGGCGAGGUGGACCCCUUGGACCGCGAUGUCAUCAUCCAGCCCCCGCCUCCUCCGCCUCCCCUCAGACCCCCCACAGAAAGGGUCAACUUCCCAAAGGGCCUCCCCUGGGCCCCUAAAGUCAGGGAGAAAGACAUCGAGCACUUCCUUGAGACCAGUAGGAACAAGUUCAUCGGUUUUACUCUGGGAAAUGAUAUAGAUACUCUGGUGGGCUUGCCCAGGCCCAUCCAUGAGAGCGUCAAGACUCUUAAACAGCACAAAUAUGUGUCCAUCGCUGAGGUCCAGAUCAAACGGGAGGAGGAGCUGCAACAGUGUCCACUGACUCUGGGCGAGGAGGAGGUGGAAGAGACACCAACAGAGAUGCUGUACCUCGGCAUGCUUCCUAACCUCUCCCAAUACGUGAUUGCCCUCCUGAAGCUGCUGCUGGCUGCAGCUCCAACCUCCAAAGCCAAAACUGACUCAAUUAACAUCUUGGCUGAUGUGCUGCCUGAGGAGAUGCCUAUCACGGUCCUCCAGAGCAUGAAGCUGGGAAUCGACGUGAACCGCCACAAGGAAAUCAUCGUCAAGGCCAUCUCUGCUCUGCUCCUGCUCCUCCUCAAACACUUCAAACUCAACCAUAUUUAUCAGUUUGAGAUUGUCUCCCAGCACCUGGUGUUUGCCAACUGUAUCCCACUCAUCCUCAAGUUCUUCAAUCAGAACAUCAUGUCCUACAUCAGUGCCAAAAACAGUAUAUGUGUUCUGGACUUUCCCCACUGUGUGGUCCAUGAGAUGCCUGAGCUCACAGCUGAGAGCCUGGAAGCAGGAGACAGCAACCAGUUCUGUUGGAGAAACCUGUUUUCUUGCAUUAAUCUGCUGAGAAUAUUGAACAAGCUGACCAAGUGGAAACACUCUAGGACAAUGAUGCUGGUGGUGUUCAAGUCUGCCCCCAUCCUUAAGAGAGCUCUGAAGGUAAAGCAGGCCAUGAUGCAGCUCUACGUUCUCAAGCUGCUUAAGAUCCAGACCAAGUACCUGGGCCGCCAGUGGAGGAAGAGCAACAUGAAGACCAUGUCGGCCAUCUACCAGAAGGUCCGCCACAGGCUCAAUGACGACUGGGCGUAUGGAAAUGAUAUCGACGCACGGCCCUGGGACUUCCAGGCGGAGGAGUGCGCCCUGCGGGAGAGCAUCGAGAAGUUCAACAGCCGCCGCUACGACAAGAACAAGAACGGAGACUUCACACCCGUGGACAACUGCCUGCAGAGCGUGCUGGGGCAGCGCGUGGAGCUGCCCGAGGACUUCCACUACAGCUACGAGAUGUGGCUGGAGAGAGAGGUCUUCUCGCAGCCCAUCCAGUGGGAGGGGCUGCUGCAGAAUCCGUGA